UUAGUUCAGGAUGAGUUGGGUUGGAGCAAUGUAUUGAUAUUAAACAUGAAACAUUAUCCAAUUGCACAGUGACAUGUACAGAAGUCAGAACCUUCAUGUGCUGUGAAUCUCGGAUCAAGCAUUGAUCUCCAUCUUAUGCAGACCUAUGGAUUAAUUUAAUUCCUCUUCGAUAUCCCGUAGUACGGUAUACACUGCAGAAGUAUGACCACCAUUGGAGAUCUUCUUGUUGAAUUCCCUUCCUCCCAUACUAAGAUUAAAGUGAUAAAAGACCAUUUCUUGAGAAAAUAUGAAGAGAUACACAAUUGUGUCAUUGCUAAUGAAGACACUUUCAAUGACAGAGCACAACAAUAUAAAAAAACAAUUUAAAACUUACCAGAACCAAGAAAAAUUUCGUAUUCAUUGUUCAAACUGGAUGAAUCUACCAGCAUUAAACAAACCCCCUUCAUGUUUGCGCCUGCUUUCAUCAUCACAGAUAAGAUCGUACUUCUCAACAGAAACUCUGACAGAACUCUCUUCAGAGAUGGUUUUAUCGCUGAUGUCAAAUGUGCAUUCAGUGACAAGUAUUGAAGAACAACGGUCUAUAUUACAAAUGCUCAGUGAGGAUACUUUUAGAAAACUGCUCUACUCCCUUCCUCGUCCAUUAUUAUCCACAUAUUUAGAGAAAAUAAUCCCAAAGCAUGCCAAUUCUACCAUGUCUGAUACUUUAAAGAAAAGCUUGCCAGAAACUCCUGCCAGAAGAGAAAGUAAAUUUCAAGAGGAAUUUCUGCGCCAAAUUUCCGACCCUUUUGCUGAGCCAACCCUGAGUAUUGAGCCAAACCCUUCUUCUGAGUCAAUCCAAGUGAGUAUUGAGCCAAACCCUCAUGCUAAUAAUACAACUCUAGAUUCUCACUGCAAUUCUAAACCUAGCUCCCCUCUCAAAGAACACCGUCAAAACAAUGUGCCUGAAAAUGCAGAUUCUCAGUCCCAAAUCAGGCUUUAUACAUGCCAGGAUUGUGUAAAGACUUUUACCCGCAAAGAUUCUUUGACUAAACAUAUGAUAGCCAAGCAUAGUGAUCAUCCAGGGUUCAAGUGUAACCAUUGCAGUAAAACAUUUUUGUAUGUUACUAAUUUGAAAAGGCACAUGAAAGUGCAUAGUUCUGAUAAAAACUCCGGUCCGGACUUGAAAGGAAGCGAGAGCAGGUUGUACAGUUUAAAUACAGAGACUAGAAACGGCAAAACGGGACUUCUUAUAGUGAGAUUAAAGUGACUGGGACUUUUAAAGCACGUUAACAUAAUGUGUUUUCACAAAAAUUGAAAAUGGCCUGGGCAAAUAUGCUUAGUUGGAACUUUUAAAAACAUUAAAAUGAAAAGAAAUUUAAAAUAAAAGUACCUCAAAAAUA